GCUGCUGAGUACAUGAAGAGUCGGUGAGGAUCUGCUCAUCAUUAUGCCAGUUGUGCACAAGGAGAUCAUAAAGAAUGCUAUAAAUCCACUCCACCAUGCUGAGUCGCUUGCAGGAGCUCAAAAAAGAGGAGGAGACUCUCUUGAAAAUCAAAGUCAUGCUGCAAGAUCAGCUAAACAGGUUAAAGUUUGAAGAAGGUACACUAAAGUCCAUGAUCAAUGCCCAGUCUGAGGAAAGUCCUGCUGAACCCACUCCACCUGAGAAUGAAGUCAACCCAGAUAAUGAGAGCGUGAUCAACCAGACUAAGCUAGUACUGGGAGCUCCAGCUUACUGUGAAAUGGAGGAAGAGGAGGAGGAGGACGAUGAUGAUGGAGAUAAUGAAGAGGAUGAUCUUGAAAUGGUGGAGGAGGAGGAUGAAGACUAUUAAGAUUUCAUUUCAUAUAGCACAAUUAACUAUGACUAUCAGUUAGGUGUGUUCUGUCCAGUAUGGCAUGCAAAAGAUAUGUGGUGUUAGCAAGGCUGUAAUCACAGUGUACAUUGGAGGGGGCAUGUCCUUCCAAAAUAUUCAGAUAUGAUAGAUAAACUGUUAGGAUCCAUCAGUGUUUCCGUUGUUGAUAUGGCAGGAUGUUUUCAGGAAUGCAGGAACACCCUCCCCUACCCCCAGUGUUCAACUACCAACAGUGGCAACCUGGCAGUGGUGGGGUUUGAACCAGCAACCUUCUGCUUACUAGUUCAAUACCUUAACCACUACAACUGCAGGGCUACAAGUGCCCUGCUACAACCUGUUGACCAGUAGAAAGAAUGUAAAGUAAAUUAACACUUGAGUGUAGCAAUUAUAGAAGCGAAAUCAUCUUUUGGUACUGUACAUGAGGUAAAUUGUUACAUUACCGUUGUAAAUUUAAGACUGCUUCAUUAUUGCAUUCCUUAUACAUCUGUGAGAAUAUAUACUUUGAUCAGCCAUAACAUUAAAACCACCUCCUUGCCGCUCAGGUGGCGCAGCGGUAAAAAACACACGCUGCAACCAGAGCUGGGAUCUCGAAUACAUCGUAUCGAAUCUCAGCUCUGCCUUGCCGGCUGAGGAUGAGCGGCCACAUGAACAACGAUUGGCCUGUUGUUCAGAUGGAUGGAUGGGUGGGACUAAGCCGGAUAUGGGUCUCUCUCUGUCAGACUGGUGCAAUUACGACCUCUGCUGGCUGAUUAGAGGCGCCUACACAGAGAUGAGAAAAGAGUGCUCUUAGGGUGUGUCUCUCCGUACACAACUCUAGGUGGCACAACACUCAUCAAUGUGUGGGUGAUAAGAUGCAUACGGCUUGCUGCCCACGUGUCGGAGGGGGUGUGGGUUAGCUUCGAUCUCCUCGGUCAGAGCAAGGAUUGUCAUAGGCGGAGAGGAAGCAUGACGCAACUGGGCAAUUGGACGAGUUUCUACACACACUGUUCAUUUUAUCAGCUCCACUCACCAUAUAGAAGCACUUUAUACUAAUACAAUUACUGACUGUAGUCCAUCUGUUUCUCUGCAUGUUUUGUUAGCCCCCUUUUAUGCUGUUCUUCAAUGAUCAGGACCCCCACAGGAGCACUACAGAGCAGGUAUUAUUUAGGUGGUGGAUCAUUCUCAGCACUGCAGUGACACUGACAUGGUGGUGGUGUGUUAGUGUGUGUUGUGCUGGUAUGAGUGGAUCAACACCUCACUGUCCCUGCUGGACUGAGAAUAGUCCACCAACCAAAAACAUGGACAGUGAGUGUAGAAACAAUGAGGUGGUUUUAAUGUUAUGGCUGAUCAGUGUAUGUAGCCUAUAUUUCUGAUGGCAGUCCAUUGAGGUUGAUUGUACAGUAAGAAGGCUUCGUUCUGGUAAUUGAAAGCGUUUUUAUUUAAGAUGUAAGGUGCUUUUUUAUGUAAUUAGAGAAACAGAUUGUAUAAAUAUGUAUGCUGUGCAUGUGUAUGAUGACUGCUUGUACACUGAUGUCUUUUUGUAUUUCAUAAGAAAUAUUGUAAAUGUUUAGUAAAGUAGUUUAAUUACUUAAGAACAAUAACUGCAGUUCUAAUGCUUUUCUUGGUAGGGUGCAGUCAUCCUUGUUAAAUGAACCUAGAUUUAAUGGCAAAUAUUAUAUUUAUUUAUUUAAUAGAUGCUUUUAUUCUAAGUGA